GCAAUAGUAUACUAACAAAAUAAAUAGCUAUGUUAACUUUCAAUUACGUUGUUAAAGCAGCUUUGCAGUUGUAACAGUGUUUGAGGUUAGCCCCGAUGCUAGGAAGCUGACAGAGAUUACAGGGACAUAAAAUAUUUUCUUCAAAAACAGAAAUAGGCAAGUCGUAAAUGUUUGUAAGAUGGCAAAAACUGGUCAAGAUGACACCGACUAUGAUCGACAGUUUCAAGAAGAUUUGGAAAAGGCACAGGCACUUAGCCUGGAAACCCUUGCACUCGAAAAAUUCAGGAUGGAGAAGUUAAGAAUGGAACUUCACCGAUAUCAAAGUCAAACAGAAAAAGACCAAAAAAUUAGGAUAUUGAAACAAGAUAAAAGCUUCUCAAGGGAAUCAUCAGUUGAAUCAACGAUUUCUACUUCAAUUGAAAGUCGCUCGAGACCUCGUCCUGGUUCUUUCAAUACAGGUGGACCCUGUGUGUACCAGAUCAAGCCCCCGCCUGCUGGACGGCGCAACAGUGUUGCCACCCCCGCCACUAGUGACCUCAUAUCAUUCACCAGCCCCACCAACACUCACAAUUCAACUGCCGCGGCAAACCCACCUCACCAGUUCCACCUGAGUAACAACCAAAAACCCACUUCAAGCAUUCUGGCUGAACAUUCCAUAAAAAAUCUGUCUUGUCUACCAUCAACAUCAUUACGGAGUGGGUUCCAAGACAUAGGUUUUGACUUGACCAACCUGGGCUCAGAGCUGAGUGGUAUUACACCACUUUCCACUACGUCUACCUUCCCUGCAGCUCCUCCCCCAGGGUUCUUCAUGUCUCCGCACCCCUCUAGUGGGCAUCAUGCUGUCAACCCCUACAUGUACAGCUUUGACCUGUCUGCAUCUACAGCUACACCUACAGCUACUCCUGUGCCAACACUGUCAUCUGGAUCUACCUCAACCACCACUACACUCUACAAUGGCUGCAACAACAGUGUGAAUGUUCUGAAGACUGUAGAGAAAAGGGACAACAGCAACCUAAUAGAUCUGACUCCGUUCGACUCUGAGCUACCUCAGAGAGACAGAUGUGUAAGAGUCAGUCUACUGGAGGCCUUUGACCCGCUCCUCACCUCCUCCCAGGCCUACUCACAGUCCACACUGGCUGAGGACACUGAUAUGAGGGAAGACGACCAGUCUGAAUGUUCUGGAAGUGUUUACGACCCGUAUGACCCGUUUGACUACUUGUACUCCCCACCCUCCAUAGCUGGCAGUCAGGCCUCGGACCCCAUCUACGCGGCUGUAGUCAAAGCUUCCCCCAUCUCUCCUCCCCCCCUGCCACCACGCAACACUGCUGCUAAGCUUAGUGCCGAGCGGAAGUCCCAUCGACAGAGCAAGUUAUACGACAGUGUGUUGGUGGAGAAGCACAAGCCCGUCCUCACAGACCCAGACCUCGUAGCAUUCCACACCAUGGUCAAGGCUCUUAGAGCUGAGUUUGUCCACUCUGACCCGUACACCAACGUUGGCCUGGUUAUCAGCCCUUUGAUUGAGAGUUCCUAUCUACAAGGUACAAGUGUCAAGCUGACCAUUCACUGUCCUGACAAGGAACAACCUCUCACCUUCACCAGUGAUGUGAGCUGCAGCAUCGACCUGGUCAUGGAACAAAUCAUCUGUGGCUUGCUGGAUGCAGGGUCGCCUACGGACUAUGUCCUCAAGGUGUGGGGUCUAGCAGAGUAUCUAACGACCCAUACACAACUAGCAGACUACGAGUAUGUCCACCAGUGUAUCAAACUAGAGCAGGAUAUCCGGCUGGUCUUAGUCCAUGUAGACCACUUGCCUCGUCCUCUGGCUAGAACGCCUCAAGAUGAUGAGAGAGAUAAAGAUUUAACUCUCGAAGAUCUCUUACCUAAGGAACCAGUGCAACCAAUAUCUCGUGAAACCCUUCAAAUUCUUCUUGAGACUCUAGAGAGAGAGAUGGAGAGAGUUGAGGCUGCAGGAGAAGGCAGUGUCCAGCCACAUAAGGUGACUCAGGCUGUCAAGGCUGUGUGUGCUCUACUAGGUAGUGUGGAGACAUUGGCCAUCACACAAGCUCUGGAGGCGUUCAAUCGUGCUUGUGGCCAACUCAGUCAGACUCCUCAGGAGGAGAGUUGGAGGCGGCCAGAGAUUGUAGAUGAGGACGGAGACUACUCGGUAGUGUUGUUCCCAGGAGAGAUGGCAUCUGAAACCAUCUCAGGACACUGUGAGAGGAUACGAGAAGCUGUCCAGGGCUUGAUACAGACAUACGCCUUGGCCUUCCGGGUGGACUUCCAGAUCACAGACUACUUGGCACCAACUAAUGACACUACCAAGCUGUCCUCGGAGGUGUUGGACACAGUACUGGUCCAUGUGGAGUGUCUCCAUCGUCUGUCGGCCAGUUGGACCCAUGACACAUACAUGGUCGCUGGUCAGCUGUACCACGGCACCCGACCUGUAGGCCAUCCUGUACUGUCAAAGCCAACAUCUCCAUCCACCUCCCUUUACAACCGGAUUGUCUUUGAUUCAUGGUUGAACUUUGAGGGCAUGUCAGUGUGUGAGUUACCCCGAGAGUGCCGUCUUGUGCUGGUGGUCUACGGUCGCUCCGUCACCCCAGCGGCCGAGGGAGAGAACGCAGCAGCAGCACAGGAGAUGACUCAGGUGGAGCUGGGCUGGUCCGCUGUGCAGUUCUUCAAUUACAAUGGGGUCCUGGUGCAGGGCAGCCUGUUGUUGUCUGUCUGGCCUCCAGGAGCUGACAAGAGAUUGGGACCUGCCCCCGCCUCUGGCACCCAGCCCCACGGAGACACUCACCCUGUGCUGGGGGUGGAGUUGCCUGACUAUGGCAGUAGAGUGGAGUUUCCCCCUCUCAUCAAAGAGGUCGAACAAGACUCCUUCUCCACAUCCCACGAUUUUGAGUCGUUGGAUGGAAACACACAGGAUCUGCUAAAGGACAUCAUUGCUCAGGACACAUUCACCAGGCCACUACUGGAGGACAGAGAGAUUCUGUGGGAGAAGAGGCACUACCUGGUGUCUCAGCCUCAAGCCCUACCCAAGGUGUUGCUGGCCGCCCACAGCUGGGACUAUGCUUGUUUGUCUGAUCUUCAUGCUAUGCUGCACACUUGGGCUCCCCUGGAACCUGUCAGUGCCCUUCAGCUCCUACUUCCAUGUUUCCCAGACAGAGAGGUGCGAAGAGUAGCUGUAUCUUGGAUCCAGGAUCUCUCUAGUGAUGAGCUGGUAGACUAUCUGCCUCAGCUGGUACAAGCACUGAAGCAUGAGACAUACGAGACUUCUCCUCUCGCCAGACUGUUACUGGAGAGAGCUCUAACAUCACCUAGAGUUGCUCACCACCUCUACUGGCUGCUCACUCAGGCUCUGCCGGGUAACAGUCCACAGAACUCCAGUGAGGUGGGGGUAGAGGACCAAAGUGUGUGUGAGGCGAGAUACUUCCGUCGUCUGCAGCUGAUCCUCAGAGCCUUGCUGGCGAUAUCUGGAGAAGCUCCUCGUCAACGCUUCAUGUCUCAGCAACUCCUAGUCAAGAGCCUGUAUGAGGUGGCAGAGACAGUGAAGACCACAAAGGAGUCACACAGGAUGAAGGCUCUACUAGCCUCACUGGAGGGUGUACAUGCGUCACUGGAGGCUACUAGCACAUGUCUGCCGCUGGGGCCGAGCAUGGAGGUGGCUGGGGUACAAGUGCGCUCCUGCUCAUACUUCCCCUCCAACACUCUCCCUCUCAAGAUCAACUUCAACUGUGGUGAUAGCUGCAUCAUCCCUGCUAUCUUUAAGGUUGGAGAUGAUCUACAGCAGGACAUGCUAACACUGCAGAUGAUCCGUAUCAUGGACAAACUGUGGCUGAAGGAGGGACUGGAUCUCAAGAUGGUCACCUUCGCAUGUGUACCCACUGGCACCAAGAGAGGUAUGAUAGAGAUGGUGACGGAGGCUGAGACGCUGCGCAAGAUACAGGUGGUAGAGUUGGGUCCUGCAGGCUCAUUCAAGGACCGAACCAUCGCAGAGUGGCUGGCCAAGCACAAUCCCUCCGCUCUUGAGUAUGAGAGAGCUGUGGCUAAUUUCACAGCAUCCUGCGCAGGGUACAGUGUGGCCACUUAUGUGUUGGGUAUCUGUGAUCGUCACAACGACAACAUCAUGCUCAAGACAUCCGGACACUUGUUCCACAUUGACUUUGGCAAAUUCCUCGGCGACGCUCAGAUGUUUGGCAACUUCAAAAGGGACCGGACACCGUUUGUACUGACCUCAGACAUGGCCUAUGUGAUCAAUGGAGGAGACAAGCCUUCAGCCAAGUUCCAUCACUUUGUGGACCUCUGUUGUCAAGCAUUCAACAUUGUGCGCAAACAUGGCAACUUGAUACUCAACCUAUUCGGAUUGAUGGCCUCCUCCGGUAUCUCUGGUGUGACCAUGGAUGCUGUCCGCUACAUCCAGCGCUCACUGUUGCUGGACCUGACUAAUCCUGAGGCAGCAGCCAUGUUUGCUCGUAUGAUCCAGAGUUCCCUCAAGUCCUGGUUCACUCAGUUCAACUUCUUCCUUCACAAUCUGGCACAACUGAGGUUUACCGGAGACCACAAUGAUGGGGAACUGCUCAGUUUUGUUCCUCGUACAUACUCGAUGGCUGCAGAGGGUAGACUACAGAGUGUGGAGGUGUAUGGGUAUCAGAAGCGAUACGACCCAGACAAGUACUACACAUACAUACUGAGGGUACAGAGAGUCAGCCAGAGAGACCCGACAUACCUGUUCCGCUCAUACAAGGAGUUUGUAGAGUUCCAGCAGAAACUUUGCAUCCAUUUUCCCUUGGCUAAGUGUUACAGCCUGCAGAGCACUUCGCUACACAUGGGCAGAUCCAACAUCAAGCAAGUGGCAGAGAAGCGGCUGGUGGACAUCAAGCGAUUCCUGGUGUCACUGUUCAAGAUGGCUGAUGAGAUCUGCCACAGUGACCUUGUUUACACUUUCUUUCACCCAUUACUGCGUGAUCAACAGGAGGCCAGUAUCCACGAGCAGAAACUCAAGGAACGCAAGAAGGAGAGGAUUAUCAACAGUGACUCCUGGAGGCUGAGAGGACAGCUAAAACUCUCCUUGCACUACCAAAGGGGCACUCUCAUGGUAAUGGUCCACCAUGCUCGGGAGUUACCAACAGCUAAUGGCCAAGAACCCUCCACCUAUGUCAAGGUGUACCUCCUGCCAGACCCUCACAAGCAGACCAAACGCAAGACCAAGGUGAUCAGGAGGAGCUGCCACCCGUCCUUCAUGGAAAUGCUGGAGUAUCGUAUGCCACUGGAGAUAGUUCAACACCGUGUACUGCAGGCUACAGUGUGGAACCACGAUCCUCUGCAGGAGAAUGAGUUUCUGGGAGGAGUGUCACUUCCUCUGGAAUCUCUAGAUCUGGGCCGUGAAACUGUCCAAUGGUAUGGACUGGGCAAUGUACAUAGAUAACACUACACCAGACAGCAGAUCAAAUACUUAUAUUAGUUAGGUAAAUGCGUUAAAUUUAUUAUGUUUAUAGUGAAUAGUGUAAUUCCUACAGCUUGUGAUCUUUUUUUAACCGUGUCUAUACAAAUAUAUAUUUUAUAUCCUUUGAAAGGAAUAAUAUACAUUAUUAUUUCUUUCCAAUGUUCUGAUCAACUACUUAUUCUACGAAACCUUCUUGAUCGGAACACCCCAUCACCGCGCCGUGCCGAUGGCGUGAUGUCAGUCUCUUCUCUUGAGGGAACACCAAUCACCAUUACCGCAACGAUACGGACUAAAGCCAUCAGCCUCGGUGGUGUAGUGGAUAGUGUACCGUACUAAACUGAUGAACUGUAGGCAGCCGGAUCAAAUCUCACCGGGGACGUUAACUUUUUGUCAAAAGAUUUAACUUAGAAUAUGAUUACUUCUUAACUGUACAUCUUUUGUUAGAAUUUAAGGCAUUUAUAAUUUUAUUUUAUGAACAGAACUAUUUUUUGAUUAGUAAACCUUCAUUUGAUUUUUUCAUUAUCAGCAAGUUUGGUUAGGUUAUGACAGUUAAAUUAAAUUUAAUUUAAAUUUAACCUACAUACGAUACAUUUUUACAAUGACAGUGAUAGAGAAAACAAUUUGCCGCGAACAGUUUGGCUAUGCACGGUAUGAUGCGGAAGCACUCGGCACGGCGCAGUGGUGGUGGGUGUUCCGAUCGGGAAGGUCUCGUCUUAUUCUUAACUCAAAUUAGUCAAAUUUAGUAUUUUUUUAUUUUUUUUAAUUUGUAUCCAAUAAUUUAUUUAAACCACUUGUUCUUGUGCUGGUUGAUAUUGCUUGUGCAGUCAGUAGCACUGGUUUUUUUUUGCUGUUGUUUAUUCUGAUGGUGUUUGUACAAGCACAUAAUAACUUAAGUUUAAAAGAUGCUCAUUAGGUAUUACUACUCAGUAGACCUAAAAAUGUAUAACGUUUUGUGUAUUAGUAUAUUUCAUCCCUAGGGUGUAAAGUGAGCUCGGGUUGAAAAGAAUCUUUAUGCCCUUGUAAUAAACUAUAUUUUUGUCAUAUUGCACCAUCAAGCAAACUAAGGUACUAAACAAAAUAGUUUUCAUGUAAAGAUAACCUCUCAAAACUUUUUCUAACUUGUUCUCAAUUUUGCUAAUGCAAACAAGCAGCUGUUUAGUAAAUUAUUCAAUUAUUUUGUCUAUUGUGAUUGUGUUAGUGUACAUUAUACUAUCGCAAUAUGUCGAAUUAUUGACAAGAACGGCUCAUUAAUCUACUACCUUACAUCAAUUGACAAAUGUGAUUGCCUACAAUCGAUGUUCACAACAGCUGAUUUUAUUCCAUAUGGAUUACUCCUUAGGAAGAAAAAGAGCUGUUUAAAAAAGAAACUGUUUUUAAAAAGGUAUAUUUGUUGGCCAGUGCUACUAGUCUACCAAGCAUUUCCAGGUUGGCAAAACCAACGGAAAUAAAAUUUAUCUGCCGAUUGUGGCCAGUUCAGUUGACUUGAUUGAUUAUGUUAAAAUUGAUUAAGACAACCUAAAAGUAAUUUUUCUGAUUGCAAAGGGUUAAUUAACAAUUUGUUAUUGUUGCUGAAUGUCAGAUUUACAUAAAUGACUGUUAUAAUUUUUGCACAAUUAGUUAAGCUGUUUUAUAACAAGAUUUAAAGUUUCACAACUCAUUUAAAAAAAGGUAUUCUUGUUUAAUUUUGGAUUAUGGUUCAUUUAUGAAAGCAAGUGCAUUCUUAUGACAAUGUUGAAUGUUGUUAAGUCAAACUAAUGCUUUGCUUUAGCUGAACAAAUGUGGAGUCAAUUUACUUCCUUUAAAUUCAAGUAUAAUUUGGGUUUCUUUAUAUCUUCUGUCAGUUUUCUUUCAACAUUGUCUCAAUUUGAAAAGUGUGUCAAAGUAUUGGCAAAUUAUUACUUGCUGGACAACUAACUUACCGAUUGCACUAAAUACAAUGCAAUCAUUAUAGCUUUAACAUUUGUUUACUUAAAUGUGAUUUUUGUCAAAAUAGGUAUGGAAUUCAAUGUUUACCAAUUACUAGGGUUAUUUUCAAAAUUUGUAUCCAACAAUUAAGUGUUGUAGCUUAUGCACAUGUUCCACUUUGUUUGUAACCCCUAUAUGUGUAGUAGUUGUAUAAAUGUGUCCAUAAUCAGCGCACAAAACAUAUGACAUAUUUGGUCUUCUCUCUCUCUCCACUUUGCCUUGUAUUCUCUUACACCAAUAAUUAGUCACUUUAACAUCAAUAAUCAAGUAUGGAUCAGAUACACAACCGUGUUUCUGAAAUAAUGAAAUGUACACUUAGAGGUUUUCAAGCAUUAUCUAUUUUUUGCUUAAAUGUUCAAAGCAUUGUUAAUGUUAUAAGUUCAGUGAGCUUAUUUAGCACUAUUUAACUAACCUUUAAUGUUAUACCCUAUCUAUUUAUUCGACUUUAUUGAGGAUUAAAAUUACAAAAACAAUACUUUUGAAAAGACUUGCGAUAUUUUAUAUUACUGUUGCUCAGGAUGUUUGUCUACCGAAUGUUUUUGACAGUUAUAGAAACAUGUGUCCCGUCUUUGAAAAUUUAUUGAUUAACUAUAAAUCUGUUUACAUUAAUUUGUUGAAUAUUAUUGUUAAGCUAUAAACACAGGAGGCAUUUUCUUAACCAUCCACCUUAUACAUGGCCAUGAUCCACCCUAGUAAAAAGUUUGUCGUAAAUUAUUAGAAAAUUUAUUUAGAAAUAUUUCAAAAAAUAGUUGUUUAGCCUCCGGAUUACUGUAUUAUACUUAAAAUGGUUUACAAUACCUGCAUAUAUAGUCCUCGCCACCCUAAGUUGAGGCAGCCAAAGGCCACACGGCGUAUAUGUAGUGCGGCCUUCGGCUGCCUCAACUUAGGGUGGCGAGGACUAUAGUAAUCCUUGGUUGCUGAUUUUGGCAACUAGUUUUGGUUCAUUAUUGAACCAUCUUCAGGUCUCAAGAUGUCAAAUAAUCACUUCAUUUGAAGGUCGUUAAUAACAGAGUUCAAUAAAUAAGACAUAUACAAAACACGAUACACGGAACGGACGCACAUUACAAAAAACACGAAGGGACAUUGACAAUCGAUCGUGACCGGGCUGAGGUAAAGUCUAGACUAGCGGUCAAAGUGGUCUAUGACGUUGUCUCUGUCUUCUUAUCACCGGUGCGUGUUCAUUCAUUCAUUGUUCCCCUCCUGUAUCCUAAUAGAUGUAUUGUAAAUAUAGUUGGAUUGAAAGGAGAGUUUAUCGUUCAAAACGUUUUGAUGGUCUGCUUUAACUGCUCUGUAUAUUUUAAACUCCUCCAAUGUGUUUCUGUUUAAACGGUCCUGCGAAAAAUGUAAAACUUCCAUAUUUUUCACAUUAAAACGUUUUGAACGAUAAACUCUCCUUUCAAUCCAACUAUAUUUACAAUACAGCUAUUAGGAUACUGGAGGGGAACAAUGAAUGAAUGAACACGCACCGGUGAUAAGAAGACAGAGACAACGUCAUAGACCACUUUGACCGCUAGUCUAGACUUUACCUCAGCCCGGUCACGAUCUAUUGUCAAUGUCCCUUUGUGUUUUUAGUAAUGUGCGUCCGUUCCGUGUAUCGUGUUUUGUAUAUGUCUUAUUUAUUGAACUCUGUUAUUAACGACCUUCGAAUGAAGUGAUUAUUUGACAUCUUGAGGCCUGAAGAUGGUUCAAUAAUGAACCGAAACUAGUUGCCAAAAUCAGCAACAAAGGAUUACUAUAUGCAGGUAUUGUAAACCAUUUUAAGAAAUAUUUCCUCUGAAAAAAAACAAAAUUUUGAGUUGGUUAUCAAUUCAGAUUUUAAAAAACCAAAUAGAUUGUAUAAGAUAAUUUUAUUGCAAUUGUAUUGCAAGAUUUUCAGCAACCUUUAAUUGUUUAAUUAAUAUUACAUCAUGUUGUUAGAUAAUUUUGUCAAAUUUUCUUUUGAGAUUUAACCAAGUUUGUACGUAAUGAAGAAUUAAACAAAUUAGUGUUGCUGAACUCUCUAUUUUCUUUUUAUAAAAAAUAUAGCCCUAUUUUUUUAUAUACUAUUGAUAUGUUUUGGCAGCUUUAACUAUAUUGAUUAUUGAUAUUUUUAUUUUGCUGAAGUACGCUUGAUAUUUAUAUUGAAAUUGUUAUUUUACUUGCUUAUACUUCCAAUUUUAAUUCUGCCUGUUAUAAAGAUCAGUUAUUUACAUUAUUAUGAUAUUAGUCAAUUAUUAUAAGAGAUUAUAUAUUUUAUUGCAAAAUGAUUAUU